AUGUCAGACCAACACGCUUCAUCGAGCAACACCAGCUCAUCGGCAGAGUCGCAACCUGAUGAAGUAUGGACAGAAACACGAGAGUCGCUCACGAAGGCAGAGGAGCUCAAACAGGCGGGCAAUGAGGCGUUCAAGUCUAGCGAUUGGAGUGAAGCAAUUGUUUCCUACCGUACAGCUCUCUGUCACCUACCUUUGAGGAAGGUCAAGAAGUAUCAACCGUCUUCACGAGAGACAGAUCCAGACGACGAGCAACCAUCCAGUUCUGCUCCCUCGCAAAGCCGUCAAGAGACUAUUGAUGAACCUGAUGGUCCUCUCGACCCGGAGUGUAGGAAGGCCAGAUCGGUGCUCAAUGCCAACAUCGGUGCUUGCUUUGUGAAACUCGGCAACCACAAGGACGCAGUAGAUGCGUGCACCAAAGCACUGCAGGAUGAUCCCAACUAUGUUAAAGCCCUUCAAAGAAGAGCCGCCUGCAAUGAGAAGAUUGAUACCUGGUCGGCGUUGAGCAGUGCUCAAGAAGACUAUACCAAGGUCCUCACGCUCCUUCCGCCGACAUCGCCUCAAGUUCUCGAGAUUGAAAGAACCCUACGUCGCCUGGAGCCACGAGUCCAGGUUGCUCAAAAGAAAGAGACAGACGAGAUGUUGGAUAAGCUCAAAGGGCUAGGCAACAGUGUUCUGGGACGGUUUGGAUUGUCUACCGAUAACUUCAAGUUCGAGCCCAAUGGCAAUGGAGGGUACUCGAUGAAUUUCGCUCGAUAGACCCGCUUGACGCUCUGCGUCGUCUGAGAGAUGCACUGGCAUACUCGAGGAGCUUAUAGUUCCUAUCCUUGACAGACCUUCAUACCAGUGUAGUCAUUGGGUGGGCUAUUGUAUCGGAAUAGUCUGGUUGCGAAACAGCGUGAAGCGGGAAGGUGGGAAAACCCUAGCCACGACUUUCCCUCGUAUGAGAGCCAUGGAGACUGGCCCGUAAUCGCGCGAGUCUGUGGACCAGGCCAUGUUGUCCCCUGCUAUCCAGACAUGAUGCUUUGGUAUAAUGACAUGUUCCGUGGAAGGUGCUUUCUGUCCAGUGGGAUCGACACAAAUAACAUCUCCAGGAAGUCCUAUCACCCUCUUGCAUAUGAUACGAGUAGGAUCAACUGGUGACUUGACGGUGACUAAAUCCCCACGUGCCAAGGGGAAGAGUUUGUGGUGAACGAUACUUUCGACGACAAUUUCACCGUCGGGAUCGAGGGUGGGCAACAUAGACGGCCCAGACAUAAGGCAAGGACUACCAACGUAGUCUUUGAAGAGGUGGAAAGCACAUGUAAUGUUGAUGCCGUGUAAUACAAUCCACCCAGCUUUCUUCAGGUCAAGACGACGUUGGCUGAGCCAUGGCCGCGACAACAUGGAUUGCCAAAAUCCAGUGGAACGUGCUUCGGAGACUCGGAGUACGACUGGGACACGGUAGCCAGAGCAGACGCGUUUCC